GUAGGUAAUUAUUAACGGUGAUCACGUAGAAUAUCAGGGAUAAAAAUAAUUCUCAAACACGUCCCUUUUAAAGCAAUACCAAACAAGUGACACAGGCGUCUAAUUUCAACACACAUAUAUAUUUGAAACAAGUAAUAAAUUAACAUGCGGGUAAUUGUUGGUCAAUUAAUGAAUGCCUCUGUGUGGCUGAUCGUGCUGAACAUUCUUCAAGUUCUCGGGCACGGCAUGGUAAUGGAUCCUGUAAACAGGGGUAGUAUGUGGCGAAAAGGAUACCCUACUCCGAUAAACUACAAUGACAACGCGAAUUAUUGCGGAGGAUACGCGAAACAAUGGAUGACGAACGAUGGUAAAUGCGGAGUAUGCGGAGACGAUUAUUCAUCGAAGCGACCACGGGAUAACGAAAAUACGGGAAAAUAUGGGACCGGAAUAGUCGUUGCUUCGUAUAGAAGGGGAUCCCAGGUGAACGUGACUCUGUUGAUAACGGCUAACCAUAAGGGGUACUUCAAAUUUAACAUUUGCGAUCUCUCGGGGGCAAAUGAAAAGGAAGUGGAGACGGAAGCUUGUUUCGACGCAUAUCCCCUCAGUUUGAUCGACGGAUCUGACAAUUACAAGCUCGUCUCAGAGCGAACCGGACUUUUCCAGGUUCCUCUGAAGCUUCCGGAUACGUUGGAGAUUUGCGAUAGAUGCGUGCUGAGGUGGCAUUAUACCACCGGAAAUAAUUGGGGAUUCUGCACCGACGAAAAUGGUGUGGCCCAAGGAUACGGGGCACUCGGAUGCGGCCCCCAAGAAACGUUCAGAACAUGCUCGGAUAUUUCAAUUUUCUAGAGCCUGAUACGUAACUUAAUUUAUCGUUAAAUGUUAUUAUACAUAGGUAUGUAUUUGUAGAUACAUAAAAUGUGCGGUGAAUUGCGA